AUGUACAUCAUGUUCCCCAUCGGCUGGAUGUACUACUUUGGCACAAACCUCGACGAGCGCUUCUCCAUCCCCGACUUUUGGCCCAAGGAGAACGAGACCCAUCACAUUCCCUUCGAGAAGGACGAGAUUCAAUCAGAACUGGCCAGACUGCGCGCUCGCCGCUUGGCCGCCCGCCAGGCAAGACUUGAACUGGACGCCAAGAACGCUCCUGUCGAGCAGCACAUCGACCCGACACCCAGCCCAAUUCUCGAGUCCUUGAGAAACACCGACUCGCCAUCUUUCCAACAGCCACACCAGCCCGAGCAACCGACGAACUCCUCACAAUCCCAAGGCUGGUUCUCAUGGCUCAAGUAA